AUGAGCACUGAAGUGAUUCCACUAAAGAAACGAAUGGUCGACGCUAACGCUACGGCUGGCGCAUCUUCAGUAAAACCAAUGGGUCCCAAGAAGAGAACUCCCGAACAAUCGCGAGCGCUUCGAUUGGCACAGAACCGCAAAGCUGCUCGGGAAUCUCGUCGUCGCAAGAAAUCACUUGUAGAGGACUUGCAGCGCAGUGUCAUCUUUAUAGGACGAGCCAACGGUUCCCUUAAGCAUCAAAAUGACGAACUUACCCGUCGUUUGUUGGAGGCUCACGCCGUUCUUUCACAAAUGGGAGAACCAGUCCCAUCGGCAAUGAAGCCCAAAGCCAAGGCUGUUGUACAGGAAGCCCCCACUGGUGAAGCACUUGCCGCUGCCGCCAAUACUGCCAUGGCCAACAUCAAGCCACGUCCUUCUGCUCUGUCUAUGCCGAACAUGCAGCCAGGAGCCACCAUGCAAGCCAUGGCGGACUUUCAACAAGCUGCUGCCAUUGCCAUGCAAGCUGCCGAGCAAGGAAUGAAGGCAUCCGUAGCCCUUCUUCCACAGCAAUCCUCUGGUUCUCAAGGCGCUGCUCCCGGAAUGACAGCUGUAUAG